AUGAUACGAACAAGGUUUUUUAGGUUUUCUCCUCUCCAAUCCUUUCUACCCCACUCCAUAACCCGCCUUUCUGGGAAACAGGAACGCUUGGAUACUACACGUCUUUCUAUGCACGAUGCCAAAUUGCAAAGCCAACAGUUAGGAGAACGACUAACUGCCCUACAGACGGAACUAGGCGACUCUGAGCUACGCCGUGCUGAGACCGAAAGUCAGCUACGACAGGCAAAUAGUCUUCUCAGCCAACGUCAGCAAGAAGAUCAAGAGCUGAACCGGCGCCUUCAACUCGUACGUUCCAUAUCUAUAAAGUUCUGUUCAUUCAACUAUUUUUUUGUACUUUUAUAA